AUGACACGCAAUAAAACUGAUCGAAAUUAUUCUUCAUCUGCUUCGACAACAACCCAUACAAGCUUUAAUGAUGAUACUUUUGCUAAUUUACCUGACCUUUCCAAGUUAAAAGAUAGUGAAAAGCAACAUAUUUUAAAUGUUUUGGGACGCGAUGAAAAUCUACGCAGCAAACAUUUAUCGCGUUUUAUGCAAUUAAGAAAAGAAGUCAAUGAACUUGAACAACAAACUCAGUCAAAAUCUUCAUCUGCAUGUGCUCGAUGUCACACAGAAUUCGGUUUCCUAUUUAAUACUGGUGCUAUGUGUCCAAAAUGUAGUGAGAGAGUUUGCAAGCAAUGUAGACUUUUGUACAAUGCCAAUGAUAGUGAAUGGUUAUGUCAAUUGUGCUGUAAACAAAUGCAAUUAUUGAGCUAUUCUGGCGAAUGGAUAUAUAGUAGUCGAAGUAAUCUUCGUAAAGAUUCAUUAACAGCAUCAGAAAUCGUACGCAAAUCGCUGGUACCCUCAGUUUCCAUUUCAAAUCUACAUGAAAUAUCGAGUUCGGAUACUGAAACUGAAGAUGCUAUUGAUUUAUCUAGUAAAAGAAACUCAUCGGAUCAACCAAAUAAACCUAAUCGAACAACUCUAAAUAAUACAAUUGACCGAAUGAUUGUUCCAACUAUAACAGACGAAGAAAAAUUGAAAUCGCUCAAACGAAAUGCCCAAAAACGCUCCGUUACUGUUUCACCAACUCGACAUAUAUCUCAACCACCUCGUGAAUAUAUAUCUACAAAUACAAUACGAGCUGGUUCAUCAGACGAUUUAGAUUCAUUAUUUGAUCAAUCAAUAAAUUAUACAGAUCGUACAUCUUCAUCUAGUGCCUUUUUGAAUGCAAACGAUAAAUAUAGAGACAUAAGUUCAUCAACACCAAAACGAAUUCUUUCAUUAUCAAAAUUAAACAAUCAAAACGAUGAAAUCAACAAUAAUCAUAUUAAAAGACGACCAGUAGAUUGUGAAUCUGUUACAUCAUCCGAAUGGGGCGCAGACUCAGAAAGAGGUGAAUCCAUUGUACAACAACCGGAAACUUCAAAAACGCAUGGUUCAAAGCAAAGUUUAUCAUCGCGAAUGCAUCUUGGUGGUUCGAUUCAAAGUUUACGCGAUGUUGUAAAUCGUAUUCAAAAGCAUCAUCUAUCGGCAUCACAUAGAUCAAUAAAUUCUCAAAAGAAACCUACAUCUGAUGUCCUAGAUACAGUAUCUUUAUUAAAACAGGAUGAACAAAAGUCUUACUCAGAACUAUCAGAUACAACAUCUCUAAAAGUACCUGACGAACAAAAUAAAUCAAGUAUGUAUCCGACGUGGUCUAGUGGUUAG